CACGUUUCGAACUCCGACCACUGCUUGUGCUUUUCAACGACCUCCUUCGUACAUAGAGCUCUUUGACCACCCAACGCUCCCGACAACUCGACAUGGCAGCCGCCGAAUAUGAUUAUCUCUUCAAGGUUGUUCUAAUUGGUGACUCUGGUGUUGGCAAAUCAAAUCUUCUCUCGAGAUUCACUCGUAAUGAGUUCAACCUAGAGUCUAAAUCUACUAUCGGUGUCGAGUUCGCGACCCGCUCGAUCAAUGUUGAUGCCAAGACGGUGAAGGCACAGAUAUGGGAUACUGCAGGCCAAGAGCGUUACCGUGCUAUUACCUCUGCGUACUACCGCGGUGCUGUCGGUGCUCUGUUGGUGUAUGACAUCGCCAAACAUGCAACGUACGUCAACGUGACGCGGUGGUUGAAAGAACUCCGGGAUCACGCAGACUCGAACAUUGUUAUCAUGCUUGUUGGAAAUAAGAGCGACUUGAAGCACUUGAGAGCAGUUCCCACUGAGGAGGCAAAGUCCUUCGCAGCGGAAAACGAACUUUCGUUUAUUGAGACUUCGGCGCUGGACGCAUCAAAUGUCGAGUCAGCUUUUCAAACCAUUCUUACAGAUAUCUACCGGAUCGUCUCGAGCAAGUCGCUUGAACAGUCUUCUGACCCGAUCAGGGCACCGACUAGUGACACCAUUCCUGUAGCAAUUGACUCUUCCGCACCUGCAACAGGUAGCAAAUGCUGUUAGAUGCGUGGAUAGAGAUGCUGUUACGUUUUGUCACUGUAGCCUUUGCUGUAGCAAUCGGGUGGGUGUGUGUUGUUCCAGAGUGUAUAGUUACCUUUCUCUUCCAUCUUAAUAGUAUUCUGAUUUGUGGGCUGGACACUAUCAUGAUGAAAUAUUUUAUGGACGAGAGAGUUUGCUG